AAAAGAUGCCCAUGGCCCAGGCGUUCAGCUGUUCAACCCCCACGACCCGACCCCUCUCCGUUUCUUCCUCCCCGUUCCCCUUCUCGGCCUCUCUCCCUUUCCUGGCGGCGACUAGGCGAGCGGCGGCGCCAUCCGCCACGUCUUCACCGGGCCUUUUGCCAGCGACGAGCACCCACAAGCACCAAACUGUGUGGGUAAAGUGUGGAAUUGGAACAACAUGUACGGAACCAAACCGAAGAAAUUUGAUGGAUGGGUUGCUAACGAGGAUGGUAACGGCGGUGAGGAUGAUGCCACGGCUCUCCCAGAGGAUCACGAGGGUGGCCCUGAGGAUGGCUAUGGUGGCGAGGAAGAUGCCGCAGCCUCGGAUGAUCGUGGAGCAGCCUCGGAGGAUAGCGACGAUGACUACGUGCCAUGGACCGAACGCGCGGUGCAGCUGUUGGCCAUUCGUGCAAACUUCCCUAUUUGCGCUAUCAAUGGCUACGACUGGCAACAAGGCCUGCAAAUCUACUAUAGGCAGAGCGAAGUACAAGAGGAAGGAAUGGUCGAUUUGGUCCCUAUUGGACCCCGCCGUGUUCUCAUGGCUUACGGUCCCUUGACCUUGGAAGUUUUCCAUUGCGUUUGUGGAAACGGCUACACUACUUUUUGUGCCUGUGCUGAUCCCUUCAAAGAGGAAUGGGAUGUUUCUGGUGAAUAUUAUGACAGAACCGGAGGAAUACACAGAUAUCGUCCAUGGCAGACUCCCUGGCCGCAAGUUGGAGAUCACAUUCUUGGUGAUUCCCACCGCCAUUGAGACCAAUGUUGAGGUCAAGUUGAAGCUCAAAGACCUCAGUUCUAGAAGCCGCGCAGUGUAUGGUAAAAUCAAGGCGAGCACUGCUGACUAUGGGAACAAAAGUGUGCACCUCUUUAGCUGUGAAAGAGGGAGGAGUUGGUCUGUUCCCUCUGGCCUCACAUCGAUUCUUCCACUGAGUCCGGCUGUGAUUGCCUUGCCAUAUCGUCGGCAACUAGAACUCCACAUAGAGGUGGACCUAAUAGUAAUCACAAUCUUUGACAACCAAGAAGAGUACAAGAAUUUGAAAUUCAGUCUAACAUUCACUCGUGGAAUUAGGAGUCAAGAAAGAGAAGUUGAUGAUGAUCAAGUUGAAGUGAGCAUCACCUUCGAUCCGGAAAUAGGUGAAGGGGUGAUGUAGUAAUCGCAGGGCCAAAUCUGGAACUGAACUGGGACCACUAUGAAAUAAGUGAAGGGGUGACGUAGUAGCAUGACAGGAACGUUGUGUACGUUUGCCCAAUCAUGUUAUCUAUUUCCUUUUUUUUGUUUUAUCUAGUCAUGUCGUUUUUAUCAACAUAACUAUUGAUGUAGGAAAGUGGGUACCAAAAUACUAGCAAAAAGUCAUGUGGAUUGGUAUUCGUUCGCGAACAUUCAUAUUGAGCAUUUGUACUGCAAUUUACAACGGAGUAGUAGGUAGUAAAAUCUUCAAAAUCUGCGCUGUGAUUGUGUGCCACUUGGCA